AUGAGACUUUUCUCACAUUAUGCGAUCAUCAUCAUUGGGUUGCUGUAUUUUGACCAUGCCUCCGCCCAGGGUGCAUGGGCAAUGACCUGGUCCGAUUCAACAUUUGGAUCCGAUGGCCCUUGGCAUGCUGUCAUUAUCAAAAUGGGGAGCACGGCCACAGAAAUAGCCAUGUAUCCAGGAGCUUCAUGGGCAAGCUACGUCCUUCUUGACACGCUUUGCGACAACAAGACCAUCUCGUCGUACUGCUAUGGAGAUAGCGCUGGCCUUUAUAACCCUCUUACCUCGGACACUUGGGACAAUACAUCCAUCGAUCUCAAACCCCACAACGAGUGGUCAAAUUUGCAAUGGGGAUAUACCGAUGCGGUGUCUCUGAAAGCCUAUGCUUAUCGAGCUCUUGAAUCGAUAGAUGUCGAAGGAGAAGGCACAUCAGAUUCAAAUUUGAUUGCUAUCGAACAAGGGUAUCAGACGUACCCGGGAGGGACUUUAUUUCCCCUGGAUGUGGGGGUCCUUGCACUAGGGUCUCCAGAUAUUAACCAGACGUUCACUGAGACUAGUGGGUCGUCCGUGAAUGGAACCUUUGUCACUAGCUGGCUAUAUAAGCAUGGCGUCACUCCGUCUUAUUCAUAUGGAAUGCAUAUCGGCUCUCCAAAACUCAAGAUUCCUGGGUCUCUGUACCUAGGAGGCUACGAUAAGAACCGGGUGAUUGGGGAUAUAUCUACCCAGCCAACUGACAGCGGGAAGCUGCCAAUAGAACUUCUUGAUAUUAGCAUUGGUGUUGUGCAAGGCGGCUCUGUUUGGGAAUCCUCUAACAUCACAGGCUUGUUAGGGAAGUCUAAUUCCUCCUUAUCGUCUGGAGUGAAUGUUGCAAUCGAUGCAACAAAUCCCUAUAUCUACGUGCCUCAGAGCACAGCUGAUGCUAUCACUGCUAACCUCCCCGUCUCUUAUCAAUCCGACCUCGGUCUUUAUACUUGGGAUACAAGCAAUGAGAAUUACUCUAAAGUUCUCACAUCUCCUAGCUAUUUGGCCUUUACUUUCGUUAAGAGUGGCAUCAAUACGGAAGAAAUCAGCAUAAAGGUUCCUUUCGCUCUUCUAAACCUCACGCUCUCACCCCCCUAG